AUGUACAAAGACCCAUGUCAGCCAUGUAACAAACGCCCAUUUCCCUGUCCAAAACAUGCAGAACUAGCGUUGAAACCAAGUGAACCGCGACUGCCACCGACUCCAGUUUAUCCUCCUGCGAAGAGGGACAAGCCAGGUAGAGAGAGAUAUAAACCAGAACUGCAACAGCCUAAAGCAGAGUCCACUGAAGAAUUUAUAAGAUGUAAAUGUCCGGCGACCACUGACAAAGAACUGAUUGUGAAACAAAUUGCUCCCUACAAAAAAUUACUGGAUGAAUUAGUUUUGAACGCGUACAUAUUCAAAAUGCAGAAAAUCACAUUGCCACCAUGGCUGACCAAAAAUAGCAUGCUGCUGUUGAAAAAGCCGUACAAAUUUGGCCGAUUUGGACAGUCCUACAUGCUUCUUUGCUGCGAAACUGAAGCGGAAACUCAGUAUACAUUUUUUAUCGAGUGGAAAUUAACUAUCGACACGUUGAUGUGUCCUGUGACGGCAGCCAAGCCAAUUCAAGAGCAGUACGAAGAUUACCUUACUGGCCAUGGUUGCUCUUCAGGGGAAGAAACCGAAGAGAAGGAUUGCGAUGAAAUUGUUGACCAGAUGGAAAAUAAUCAAAAUCCUCAAAAACGGAAUACAGUUGGUAAAAAGUAG